AUGGCGUUUCCAUUUCUGCAUAAACUUAAAGAUAAGCGUAUUGUUCUUGCAUCAGGAUCUCCAAGAAGAAAAGAAAUUCUUUCAAAUAUGGGAUUAAAUUUUGACGUUGUUUCAAGCAAAUUUCCUGAAACUUUGGAUAAAUCAAAAUAUUCGCCUUUAGAAUAUGUUAUAGCUAACGCAACAGAGAAAGGAUUAGAAGUAUACAAACGUUUAUUAGAAGAAGGCCAAAAAAUAGAUUUAGUAAUUGCAGCAGAUACUGUAGUGGUUUUUAAUGGAGAAAUAUUAGAAAAACCAAAAGAUAAAAAAGAUGCAAUGAAUACACUUCGAAAAUUAAAUGGAAAUUCACAUUGCGUUUACACUGGAAUAGCAUUAAUUUAUCCUAAAAUUGAAUCUAGUUAUGCAAUUUCAACAUUAAUCGAGAAUACUGAAGUUGUGUUUAGAAAAAAUAGUGAAGAAGAUUUUUUAGCUUAUAUUGAUACUGGAGAACCUAUGGAUAAAGCUGGAUCAUACGGAAUUCAAGCACUUGGUAGCUUAUUUAUUGAAAAGAUUAAUGGGUGA